UCUCUGAAUUUCAGUGGGAACCAUCUGUUUGGGGCAAGGGGAAUACCAGUGUCUCACUGUUGUUAAUUCACAACAAUAAUCGUGGUGAGGUCAAAAACGACUCACCGAUCGCAGUACAGAACGUUAUCAUCUUCGGGGUUAUAAAGAGUCAAACAAAAUAAAUCAAACCAGUUUUAAUGCCACGGUCGUUGUACAUGCAUCAAAAUGUAUAAACUCGUUAGUAUUUUAAUCCUAACAACUGUUUAUCAAAGUUUUGUUUUAUCAGAUUCCAGUUUACCUUCCGUUUGUCCCGAUAUUAUCAGUAAGAAAAGGUGGGAUGCACGCACUGCUUUAGAAGUGGAUUAUGUGAUAAUUCCUAUUGAUAAUGUGGUGGUCCAUCAUACGGUAACACCCAGUUGCGAUUAUGAAGAUGACUGUGCUUCUCUUUUGAGAAACAUCCAAAAUUUUCAUAUGGAAGAAUUAGAAUUUCAUGACAUUGGAUACAAUUUUAUGGUUGGUGGUGACGGCAGAAUUUAUGAAGGGGCAGGGUGGCAUAAAGUGGGUGCCCACACCAGAGGCUACAACACUAGAUCUCUAGGUUUGGCCUUCAUUGGUAAUUUUACAACACAACUUCCAAGUAAAAAACAACUACAGUGUGCAAAGGACUUCCUCAAAUGUGGAGUGGUGCUUGGAGAGCUGAGCAAAGAAUAUAAACUUUUUGCGGCCCGUCAAGUCAGCAGCACGGCGAGUCCUGGCCUGAAAUUGUAUCGCGAGUUGCAAAAUUGGCCCCACUUUACCAGCAGACCACCACCGAAGUGAUUCCGAUUGUUUAUUUAACUUUUUUAACUUUCAUAAUAAAAUUUUAAACCGA